GGGGCUGGAGUCGGCGUGGCCAUGGUCCUGGUUCUGCUGGUGGCCAUUCCCCUUUUGGUUCACACCACCAAAGGGGGAGGGUCCGGAGGAGGGGUCACGCAAUACGAGAUGCUCGGGAGCUGCAGGAUGGUGUGUGACACUUUCACCCCCCCACAGGGAGAGCUGACAGCCGUCUCCCCUCAGCCCCCAGACUUCUCAAACCGCAGGGGAAAACAAGGGUUCAGAGGGACCCCUGGACUUCCUGGCCCUGCAGGUCCCAAGGGGCCCCCUGGAGAGCCCGGCAAGCCUGGCCCACCUGGUCCACCAGGGCCCGGGCCCGGUGGCUAUGGCCCCUCAUUCUACAGCCCCAAAAUAGCCUUCUACGCAGGCCUCCGAAAACAACAUGAAGGGAGUGAGAUACUAAAGUUUGAUGACGUGGUGACCAAUGUAGGGAACUACUAUGAGCCAAGCACCGGCAAGUUCACCUGCCCGCUGCCAGGUAUCUACUACUUCACGUACCAUGUCCUGAUGAGGGGUGGUGAUGGUACCAGCAUGUGGGCUGACCUGAAGAAGAAUGGACAGGUGAGGGCCAGUGCGAUCGCUCAAGACGCAGAUCAGAACUACGACUACGCCUCCAACAGUGUCAUCCUGCACCUGGAUGUGGGGGACGAAGUCUGUGUGCAGCUGGACGGUGGCAAAGUUCACGGGGGAAACACCAACAAAUACAGCACCUUCUCUGGCUUCCUCAUCUACCCCGACUGA